AUGGAGAUUGUUAAUGUUUAUGAGAAGAAUUUAAUAAAUCUACAUGAGAGACUUAAUCAAGAAAAAUCAAAUAUCCCCGAAAUACAACCAAAAAAGAAGAGAAGAAAAUUAAGUUCAAAUCAAGAGAAUGAAACUCCAGGCACAAAAAUCAAGAUAUUUGAAAGAUCCUUCGAAGCAUCUAAUGAAUAUGAUCGUGAAUCAAGUUUACCAAAAAAUAUAAAUAUAGUUAAUGACAAUCAUAUUAAAUUAAAGUGUUAUGUUGAUGGCAAACUAAUUGUGAAUUAUUGUCAAACAACAAAUAUUCCACUUAUGGAACUAACUGUUUCGGGAGUAGAUGAAUUAAGAAGUGAAUUAAUUUUAUUGAGUAAAAUUGGAUCUAAAACUGGUCUUUCUGGUGAUGUAAGUUUUAAAUUGAAAAAUGUUGAAGGAAUUAUAACUGCAAAUAUUUCAUAUCAGGUAUUUUAUUCACCAAGUUUGGAAAACGUAAUCAAAAGAGAUGUACAACAAGCAUUAAUUAAAGCCAUUUAUUCUCAAAAUGCCGCCGAUGAUCCAUUUAAAGAUGUACAAAUUUCUCCACAAAUUUUUUAUCAAAGUAUAUGUGAUCAUACAAAACAAUUACCACCAUUUAAUGAUGAAUUUGAUAUUCCGGAACUUGAAGUUAAGUUAUUAAAUUUUCAGAAAAGAACAGUUAACUGGAUGCUAGAAAAAGAAAGCGCUAAGUAUGAUUUUGAAACAAGCAGAUGCAAACAAUUGCCAUACUUUACAGAAAAUGAUUUAAAUGACGAGCAACAGGUAUUGGAUUUAAUAAAUAAAACAUGGUAUGGUUGGAAAUUAAUUAAUUUGUCGAAUGAACAAGUAUUUUUCAAUGGUUAUACCGGUCAUUUAGCUACUUUUGACCAGAUUAAACAACAUAUGAUCAAUUAUUUACAGGAAGCUGAUAAAUCUUCCUACCCUACUGUUCUACCAGCUAAAGCAUUAUUGAGUGAAGAAAUGGGGUUGGGUAAAACAGUUGAAACUACUUCGAUUAUAUUGUUAAAUCAAAGACCAAUUGAAGAAAAUGAUCGUAAGAUUGAAAUACCAAUUAAUGAAUAUGGGGAUUUAAAAACUAUAAUUACUGGCCGAACCACAUUGAUUAUUUCCCCAGUCACAAUUUUGCCUCAAUGGAUGCUGGAAAUGAAAUCACUUGCACCUUCUUUAUCUGUCACAGAAUAUAGAGGAGUUAACAAUUAUCCAAUGUUUGACAACAAGGCUGCCAUUAUUGCUGAUUAUUUGAGAAAGUUUGAUGUUGUUUUUACUACAUAUAAUAUCAUUGCUAAAGAACUAGAUUAUGCAAAAUUUUCCAGCAAACUUCGUAAAACCAGAGCAGGUACAAAGAACAAGUUGUUUGAUGAUAAUGAAGAAGAAUUGGAUGGUGAUUCAUCUAAUACACGAGGAAGUGAAGAAUCAGCAGUUAAAUGGGAUUAUUCAGAAGGAGAUUAUGAAUUUUUAUUUCAAUUGGCAGAAACCAGAAAACCUAAACAAGCAAAUGCUAAAACAAAUGAGGAACAAACAGAAACAGAUUUUGAACAAAUUUUACAAGACGAAAUAAGAAAAGCUAUGGAUCAUAAUAAAAUACCCAAAUCUUAUAAAAGUACUAGUUAUGAAUCUCCAUUGAUGCUAAUUCAAUUUUGGAGAGUCGUUUUAGAUGAAGUUCAAAUGGUUUCACUGACGGUCUCAAGAGCUUUCCAAUCUGCUGCAUUAAUACCAAGAUAUCAUUCAUGGGGAGUUUCAGGUACACCAAUUAAAAAAGAUCUUUGGGAUUUAGCAUCUUAUUUAAAAUUUUUAAAAGUUUUUCCUUUUAAUUCACCUGGUGGAGAUCUUUCAUUUAAAUUACUAUUACAAAAUCCUCUGGAUUUUGUUAAAUUUUGGUCAAAUAUGUCAAUAAGACAUACAAAAGCAAUGGUUCAUGAUGAUAUUAAAUUACCCACACAAAAUAGAGUCCUUUUAACAACACCUUUCACAGCAGUUGAACAAGAAAUGUAUGAUGAACAAUUUGGUCAAUGUUUGACUGCAAUCGGUUUAGAUAGUAAAGGUAAUCCUCUCAAUGAUGAUUAUGAAUUAACUCCAAGCAUAAUGGUAUUAAUGAGAUCGUGGCUAUCCAGGUUGAGGCAAUUAUGUUGUUCACCACAAGUAGGAACAAUGACUAUUGAUGUUAGACGAGCCAAACGUGCCAAUUUCAGAGGUCGUGCUGCAUUUGCUGACACUUUGAAAACAUUGGAUCAUUUACUAGAUGAAAUGUUGAGUAAGUCAUAUGGAGAUCUUUCGGACGUGGAAAGAAAAAAUAUGGAUGUAGUUUCAAAGGUAACUGAUUUUUUGGAAUUCAUUUAUUAUCCUGAUUUAGCUAAAGUUUAUUUAGAAGUUGGUAUCACAGAAAUUAGAAAAAUUGUAUUUCGUCUUGAAAUAAUUUUAAAUCAUGCAAUUGAAGAAUAUAAGAAAACUAGUAAAGUUAAUUAUGAAGAUGAUGAUGAAAUUGGAAUAGCAAUCUCAAAUAAGAAAGAAGACCAAGAUGGAAAUUACAAAGAAGAAAUGAUUUUUAAAUUUAGAACUAAGCUUAGACUUUGGUUAUUGUUGCUUCAUAGAUUUUAUUUCUUUUAUGCAUCUGCUAAUUUUCAAUUACAUGAUCCUGAAUUUCAAGAGUUAGUUACAAAAUAUAAGAGAGUUAUCGAAAUUGAUUAUUGCUUGGGUUCUCAAAUAAAAGAUUAUAAUGGUGUUCCUAAUGCAAAUCAUUUAGCAGCUUUAGUUAGUUCUGCGCCAGAUUCUAUGUUUGAAAGGGAAGAACCCCCAAUAGAUCUCGGCUCAUUUCAAGAAAAUGAACUGAAAUACUAUGAACUAGCAGAAACCAUAAGAGCUAGAAUAUUACAACCAGUUGUUAAACAAUUGAAUAAAACUAUAAAUUCCAAAAUUGAUUCCCGUGAAUUUUACUUUUCUGAAGAUUCUGUUGCUCAAGAUUUAGGAGAUGAAUUGUAUCCAAAAACUUCCAAAAAAUUUUUCAAUCAAAUUCCAAUAAUGAAUAUUGAAGAGUUAUCAAAUUUAGUAUCAACUCCAAGGGUACAAUCGUUCGUUUCGAAAGCAGAAAAAACAAUAACAAAAUUGAAUGAAAAGGCAGAGGUUAUAAAUGAAGAAUUUAAGAAAUUGAUUUCAAUACUCCGUGAGCCAGUCACUGAUUUAAGUAGACAACCAGAUGAAAAUGAUUAUCAAAACAAUUUAGAAUCCCAAUUAGAGAUUGAAAAAUUAUUAGCAUCAUUGGAUGGAAAGUUGUAUGAACGAAAAUAUUCAAUUAAUAGACCAGUUCAAAGCGUUUAUUAUCACAAUCCUAGUGAAGAAGGUGAAGAUUUUUCGAGUUUAGUUUCAGAAUUAACUAGCAUUGAAGAAGAAAUAAAUAAUGGUAAUAACAAUACAGAAAUUGAAUUGAUUACGUCUUUAGGUCAAAAAAUUAGAAAAUUAUUUGAAAAUCAAAAGUUUGCUUAUUCUUCAAUUUUAAGAGAACAAGUUAAUUGUAAUGCUGUUUUUAAUGCAAGAGUUGAAUAUUUCAGACAAUUACAACAAAUUUCGGAUUCAGUUGAAGCUACAAAAUAUCCACAUAUGGAUAGAGAAAAUUUAGAUGUAUAUGAUGUUGAGAAUAGGUUAUCUUAUUAUCGAAGAGCAUAUGAACAGAACAAUGCAUCCAUUGACAAACAUGUUGGUAGGUUUAGAUAUUUAUCGGAAUUAGUCAAGGAAUCAAAAUUAACAGAUGAAGAUGGUGAUGAAAAUGGACACAAUGAUGUUUUGAUGUGCAUUAUUUGUAGAUCAGGUAUUACAUUAGGUUCUUUGACUAAAUGUGGUCAUAAAUAUUGUAAAGAUUGUUUACUGCACUGGUUGAGAAAUUCAAGAUGUUGUCCAGUUUGUAAAACUAGAAUUGAACAAAAAUCAAUUUAUAAUUUUACAAGAUAUGCACCUGAAUUAAAAGCAAAAGAAAUGACUGAUGAUGAACCAGAUCAAAGAAAUGGGAAAGUUAAUUCAAUUUAUAAAGCUUUAGAUCCAACUAUUGUUCAAGAAAUUGAAGAAAUUAAUUUAACUAAUAGUGUUAGUACUAAAGUUGAUAUGAUUGUCAAACAGGCACUUUAUUUAAAAAAGAAUAACCCAAAAGUUCAAAUUGUGAUUUUUAGUCAAUGGCAAGAUAUGUUAUAUAUUCUAAGUUUAGCAUUAAAAUCGGCAGGAGUUUCAUAUAUUGGUUCAAAGGGUGUAUUACCAGAUGAAAAUCAACAAAUAACCUUGAAAAAAAAUCCAGAAAGUGGAUCAGUUGAAAUGUUUAAAGAUCCCAGUUUUGCUAUUACGUGUUUUUUAUUAAAUGCAAAAGCUCAAGCUAGUGGAUUAAAUUUGGUCAAUGCUACUCAUAUAUUUUUAUGUGAACCAUUAGUUAAUACUUCUAUCGAAUUACAAGCAAUUUCAAGAAUUCAUAGAAUUGGUCAAACUAAACCUACAACAGUUUGGAUGUUUGCUAUUGAAAAUACAGUUGAAGAAAGUAUUGUUGUAACAUCAACCAAUAAAAGAUUAAAAUUAAUGGAAAAAUCCUAUGAUGACGAUGCAGAAUUGGUUGAAGAAGAGGCGGAAGUGGAACGUGAAAGAGAACUUGAAACUGACACAUUGAAAGAAAAUGAAAUGAAAUUGUCACUUGCUGAAUCUGCUAUAUUGAGUGGAGGGUUAAAUGAAAAAAUGUUGGAAAAAAAGCAAUAUAAUGGUGAAACCGUUAGUAAUAAUGACUUAUGGCAUUCCUUUUUCAGCUCAAAAUUACAAAAUAAGCAAUUGGGUUUAUAG